AACAGGAUAUGAAUCCAUAAUGACUCUACGAACUAGUUGUAAUUAUAAAUAAGUGGCAAGCUGGCUCCUCAAAUAUUCGUAUCUCCUAAACUCUUGUUUUUUGCCUCUCAGAAAGAAAUCAAAGCUUUCAUUCAUCAAUCAAUUAGUAAAUUUUGCAAUUAUGGUUGCAGAGAACUUGAAGCCGCCUCAUGUUGCCUUACUCUGUUGCCCUGGAAUGGGGCACUUGAUUCCUUUCAUGGAGUUUGCAAAACUCCUGGUUCAAAACCAUGGCAUCACUGUCAGCUUCCUCGUCAUCACCACCGAUGCCUCCCCUGCCCAAAUCGAGUUUUUCAAGUGCCCAAAAAUCCCGCCGGAGAUUCAAAUCAUCGAAAUUCCUCCGGCUGACAUGUCAAACGUUGUCUCCGAGGUAACUCCUUUGGUUGCCCGCUUAUGCCUUACUGUCCGAGAAUCCUUGAAACCAAUAAACUCAAUCUUGGCUGGCCUGAAUCUUACCGCUUUGGUACUUGAUAUGUUCACCACCCAAGCUAUUGAUGUUGCCAGACAGCUUUCCAUUCCGGUGUACUGUUUUUGCACUGUUUCUGCUUCUUUCUUAGCCUUUUCGUUGUAUGUUCCAACGUUCGAUCGCGAACUCGAAGGCGAAUACAUGGAUCGUUCUGAACCCGUUAAGGUUCCAGGAGGCAGGGAAGAACGCGUUCAAGAUCUCAUGGAUCCAGCGAGGAACAGAAAAUCCGAUGAUUACAAAUGGUGCCUCUUUCAUUUUCGCCGGUUGACUCUGGUUGACGGAAUUCUGGAAAACAGCUGGGAAGAUCUUGAACGCUUGUCACUGGAUGCAAUGAGGAAUCAUGAUUUCUACAAAACUAUAUCAGCUCCACCUGUUUAUCCAAUCGGGCCAAUUAUUAAGCCACCCGAAUCGAUUUUCUGUCCAGGUGAUGCUAAAAUUAUAUCCUGGCUGGAUGAUCAACCACCAGAUUCUGUCCUGUUCGUGGCUUUUGGAAGUGGCGGAACAUUAACAAGCGCACAAUUGACGGAAUUAGCAUGGGGAUUGGAAAUGAGCGAGCAAAGGUUUAUAUUGGUGGCCCGGAAACCGUUUGAUGCGCUUGCCUCCGCGGCGUAUUUCCGGACCAAAGACGACGCAAACAAUCCUCUGUUUUACUUGCCUGAAGGAUUCCUGGAGAGGACUGAAAAGGUGGGACUAACAAUUCCAUCAUGGGGGCCUCAGGCGGCGAUUCUGGGGCACCCGUCCACCGGCGCGUUCUUGUCGCAUUGCGGGUGGAAUUCGGCGUUGGAGAGUCUAUCUCGGGGCGUGCCGAUUCUCGCUUGGCCGUUAUACGCCGAGCAGAGGAUGAAUGCGACGCUUCUGGUGGAGGAAGUGGGUGCGGCAUUGAAACCUGAUGUUGUUGUCCAGCCCGGAAAGGGUAAUUUGAUUGGAAGAAAAGAAGUUGAAAAGGUUGUGAGGGCUAUAAUGAGAGGUGAAGAAGGGAAUGCUGUGAGGCGUAAGGCCAAAUUGCUGAAAGAAAGUGCUGAAAAGGCAAUGAAAUCUGGUGGUUCUUCGUUUGAUUCGGUUUCUCGGGUUGUUGAUUUCUGGAAAUCACAGUGAAGUUUGACUGUUUCUGUGUACCUGAUCCUUGUCGUGACUCUUGUUUGAUUUGCAACAAUAAUGCUCUGGAUAAAAUAUAUUAUCAUUGUAAUGUUAUUUUAUUUUGUGAAUGCGACCGCGAGUUUACGUUUUUCAACCGGAAGCCGGGAAAGGUUGCACUGACCAAUCAUGGCUUGAAUUGAAAACGGGGUUUCAGUAACCUGUCUAAAUCUAGGUGGGGUUUUCUAUAAACCGUUUGAAAACAACAACAAAAUCAAAGGAGAAGGCAAAAGACUAGAACUGUAGAACAUAAGAACAAUGUAAUGAGAGAAAACCUGUACAAUUCUAAAAAUAGUUUAUUCAAAAUCUCAACGCCACAAGGAGAUGAAAAAGUUAUUGGUG